AUGGGCUUUCUGGGAGUUUUGGAAACGAAAAGUCUGCCUCAUGUCCCUGCGACUGUUCAUCUAAACGAACUCGGCGCCGAAAACCACCAUGUCACGCAAGGCCUCAAGCACGGCACCGGGAAAAACUCCCACAUUGUCCUCGUGCCACAGCCCUCAGAGGAUCCGAACGAUCCCUUGAAUUGGUCGUACUGGAAAAAGCUCCGCAUCGUCUUGAUUGUCUCACUCGGCGCCUGCCUUUACGCAUCGACCUUCGGACCCCUCCUUGUGGCUGGUGCUUACCAGAUCUCGCAAGAACUCGGUGUGACCUUCACUGAUGUCAGCCUGCUUGCCGGAUAUCAACUCUUGGUCGCAGGAUCUACUGGUGCGCUGGUCUCUGCCCUUUCCCGGAAAUGGGGAAAGCGCCCCGUUUUCGUUUUCUCUGCUUUGUUUGGGCUCAUUGGGUCAAUCGUUGGAUCAGUCGCCACAAGCUACAGCACCCUGAUGGGUGCUCGUGUGAUUCAAGGAUUCUCCACUGCAGCCUAUGAGAGUCUGACUAUCGCCUUGGUCGGGGAUCUGUUUUUCGUGCAUGAACGUGGUCUCUACAUUACCAUAUCACAGUUCGUGCUGGCGUCCGUUUCCAACUUUUCCAGCGUUCUCACCGGACCUAUCACGAGCAACCUUGGCUGGAGAUAUUUGUUCUAUCUCUGUGUGGUCAUUGGAGGUGUUCAGACUCUGCUCCUCUUCCUUUUCUGUCCGGAGACACAAUUCAACCGAGACCACCGCUACGAGAUAGACGAGUCUAUUGGAGAAAACUUAGAAGAUCUCGCAGAAAUUGAAAAACAGCACAUGGUUACCUCAACUGGCCCUGUAGGGGCCAAAAAUGAACGGUCAGAGGCUACGCACAUGGAAGCGCGCGUAAUUCCCAAGAAGAAGACAAUUGUCCAAGAACUCGCCCUCGUCACAGGCACUUACUCGUCCGAAAAUGUUGUACAGCUCUUCAUCGCUCCCUUCGCUUGCUGUUCAAACUUGGUCGUCCUGUGGGCUGUUGUCCAAAGCGGUACCAUCACCGCGACAUAUGUUGCCAUGUCGUAUGUUCUUGCACAGAUCUUCGCGUUUCCACCUUAUUCGCUCUCCGCAGCUGGAGUUGGUAAUCUGUUCCUUGGGCCUUUUCUGGGUGGGGUGAUCGCUUCCCUCGUCUUCGGAUGGAUCAAUGACCCGUUGAUCAAGUGGUGCUCACGAAAGAACAAUGGCGUAUAUGAGCCCGAGUAUAGAUUACUACUCAUGGUACCCGCUCUCGUGGCUGGCAUUGGUCUCAUGGCUUUCGGCAAACUCGCACAGGAUGGUGCGAGCAUCUAUGUGACCGCGACUAUGCACGGUUUCGUUAUCUUCGGUAUCACGGCCGCGACCAUCUCAGUGUGUCCUUAUGCCCUCGAUGCAUAUCGCGACAUGAGCAGCGAAAUCUUUGUCGCCGGUAUCAUCUAUAAGAACUUCUUGUUCUACGGCUUUAGCUAUUUUGUCAAUAACUGGACAGCCACGGCGGGACCCACUACAGUCUUCUACGUCUUUGGUGGAGUUGUGUUUGGCCUUAUGGCCACCACCCUGCUCGUUUUCUUCUUUGGCAAGAAAUACAGAGCCUUGUGGGCACGUAACAAUCUUAUGGAGAAGAUGCAUAUCAGGACACACGCGGAGAUUUAA